UAGAGACACACACACACAUUCACACAGACCUUUACAUCCGCUGGCGACGAGUAUGCGAUGGCAUCAGUUAGGGCAGCUGGAGCAGAAGCACCGCUGGCAGAUCAUUACCUAGUGCCAUCACUGGAUAACAGUGCCCAGCAUCGCAUGUUGGCCACAAAAGUGAGACGAAAAUUCACGCGACGACCAUCGCGGCGCUUACAUCCGCCCAUAAUACCCAUACCGUUGGGUCAGCUAUUGUGGCUCUUGUGCUGCCUGAGUCAUCAGCUGCGUGCCGAAUGCCCAUCGGUUUGUGAAUGCAAAUGGAAGAGCGGCAAGGAGUCCGUUUUGUGCCUUAAUGCCAAUUUAACACAUAUCCCCGAACCGCUCGAUGCUGGUACACAAUUGUUGGAUUUAAGUGGGAAUGAUAUACAAUCCAUUCCGAAUGAUAUAUUUGCCGAAGCCGAAUUACUCAACCUACAAAAGGUCUAUAUGGCCAAAUGUCAUUUGAGGUUGAUCGAACGUCAUGCAUUCCGCAAAUUGAUUAACUUGGUUGAACUGGAUUUGAGUCAUAAUCAAUUGUUGGCCAUCCCGUCAUUGGCUCUGUAUCAUGUUUCGGAACUGAGGGAAUUGCGAUUGAGCGGAAAUCCAAUAUUGCGAGUACCCGAUGAUGCCUUUGCUCAUGUGCCGCAGUUGGUCCGUUUGGAAUUGAGUGACUGUCGCUUGGUUCACAUUGCUGUCCGUGCAUUCGCUGGAUUGGAAAGUACUCUUGAAUGGUUGAAAUUGGAUGGUAACCAAUUGUCUGAGGUCCGUAGUGGAACUAUAACCUCGCUGUCUUCGCUACAUGGAUUGGAGUUGGCUCGUAAUGCCUGGAACUGUAGUUGUUCGCUCCGACCACUUCGUGCAUGGAUGUUACAACAGAAUAUACCGAGUGGUAUACCGGCAAUAUGUGAAUCACCCGAAAGAUUGUCUGGUCGUUCGUGGGAUAAGUUGGACGUGGACGAUUUUGCUUGUGUGCCCCAAAUUGUGGCCACCGAUACCACGGCGCAUGGUGUCGAGGGAAGAAAUGUGACAAUGAGUUGCUAUGUGGAGGGGGUACCUCAACCGGCUGUUCGAUGGCUACUCAAAAAUCGCUUGAUAGCCAAUUUAUCGGCUGGCGGCGAUGACAAUUACGGCGACGAGACUCCACGAAUGGCGGCUGCCACACAGGGACGUAAAACCUACGUGGUCAAUAUGCUGAGAAAUGCAUCCAACUUAACCAUUCUCACAGCAGAUAUGCAAGAUGCGGGCAUUUAUACAUGCGCCGCCGAGAAUAAGGCUGGUAAAGUGGAAGCCAGCGUCACAUUGGCAGUAUCACGUAAGCCUCCAGAAGCCCCAUUGGGGGUGAAGAUUAUAUUAUUGGGUGUCUUGGCCGCUCUACUGCUGGUGGUUGCCUCAUCAUUUGCCGCUAUUUGUUUCUGUUCGCUGCGAAGGCGUCGCAAGUUGCGGCUGUGGAAUUCCGGGCAGGCCGUUCGCCGUAGUGAAAGUUAUGAAAAGAUUGAAAUGACUGCAAGUCGAGUGCAACGACCAGAUUUGGGCGGCGGUGGUAGUGCCAAUGGUAGCAACGGCAAUGGCAAUGUGGGGGGACUCUUUCAUCCGGCCUCAACGCCAUCGCCUCUCAACCAUUUGGAUGCUGAUAACAAUGCGGGUGGCGGUCGCAAUGGUGACUAUCUGCAUGUGUCCACGCAUUGUGACGACGAUGAGGAUGCUGGGAUUGAGGAGCGAAAGGAGGUCGCUACCUCCUCAUCCGCCUCAGCGUGCGCUGCAAAUAAUUCAACAAUGCUGGAGGAAACGGAUCUGCAUAUACCCCCACGUUUGAUUGACAUCGGCGGACCCGAUUCGGCAUCAAGUUCGAUUUCAAGUCAAGUGGAUGCUGCAGCUCGCCUUGCUGGCUAUGCAGCAGCAGCCGCAGCUGCGAAUGGCAAUAGUUGGAAGACGACAGCGAUAGCAACCACUAAGAUAACAUCGCAACAUAGUUUACCCACUGCAACAGCAACCACUACGGGAGUAGGGGGCAAUCCCUACUCUGGCGGUGGUCAACACUAUGGAGGAGGAUCAACCGACGAAAUGGCCACUUCUGUGUUUUGUAGCAGCAACAGUGGUGAGGGUAGAGGAAAUCAUGAGAGUGAUCUCUUUGAUAGCAAUUAUCCCGAUCUGCUGGAUAUAGCCAAAUAUGCAGUGGCUCAGGCACAACAGCAACAACAACAGCAGCACCACCAGCAAGGAGGCAUGGCCAAUGGAGGACUCUGCACACUGCCUAGAAAACUGAAGACAAGUGGCAAAUAUUUUCGCAACUCUUCGGAUAGCCAAUCGCCCCUAUUGGCUGAUAAUUCAAGUAAAUAUGGCAGCAGCACUCUGGGCGAUGGCAGUUUUCUAAACGAGGCCAUGGGUCUGGGUCGUCGCUAUUCGGCCGAGUCGAGUUAUGGCAAUUAUUCAUCGACCACAACAUACACAGGAGGCAAUAAUCAGAGGGCAAAUAGUUUCCUCAAUCUUGUGCAGAGUGGAGCACAUCAUAAGGGUCAUCACUUGCUGCAGCAGCAACAUCAUCAUCAGCAGCAGCAGCAUCAGAUGAAACCCAGUUUGCCCUCGAGUCCUCAUCAGAAUCAUCAUCGUUCAUUAAGUAGUGCUGCCACGCCCCUAUUAGAUUUCUCCGCCUUGGCCUCAAGAGCUGCUGCUGCUGCUGCUGGACCACCAGUUCCGACAUCAACUAAUUCCUCUUCAGUUGCGGCCUAUGACUACCAUGCAGCACAAUUGGAACGAUUCUUAGAGGAAUAUCGCAAUCUACAAGAUCAGUUAUGCAAAAUGAAGGAGACCUGCGACACAAUACGUAAAAAGGAGACACCCCUGAGAGUGGCCAUCGGGGGUGGCGGUGGUGUUGGUAAUUCUGGUCAAUCGGCCGCCCAAUUGGCUGAUCCUGUCAUGUAUAAUGCGGCCGCCUCAUCGCCAAGUCUCAAACCCCUGGGUUCAACCACAACAACGCUGAAGGCCAAGACUUUAUUACCAGGACAACCACCGGAUCCGCCACCCUAUUGGCUUCAUCGGAAUGCCAUGCUUAAGAGACUAAAUGCAGCCACAGAGAAUGGCACAACGAACGGUCCUGGUGGUCCAGCCUCACCACAACCUGCCCAGGAUAACAUUUUCAAGAGCUAAUCGCAUCAACAGCAUUAUGACUUUGACACCAGCCCAGUAUGAGUGUUGUAUGAGUGUUUGUGUGUGUGUAUGUGUGUGUGUAUGUGUAUGUGUG